AUGAUCAAAACAUUCAAGCUCAAUUCGCGCUCAGAGACGCUGUCGCUAAAACUUCCAAAAGAGGUUUUUUCAUUUUCUAGAGAUUUGGACGGAGAAUGGCACACGGACGACGCCAAAGCGAAAGAGGAGGCGCUUUCUUACUACUACUUCCCAGACUCGUACAUAGAUAGGAACUACAACCUUGGGGACGGCUUCAACAAGUUCAAAAAGAUUCCUGAAGCAGAAAAUGUGCCGAAUUUUGCCUCUUUCCUCAAAGCCAUCAAGGAGCACGAGCAGCAGCUGGGAAAAAAGAUCAAAGUGGAUAUCGUCACAUUUCGAGGCGUGAUGACAAAGUUGUUGACACUUCCCUACGAUACAAAAACACCAAUUCACUUGUAUGUGAUUGCCUUUGACGGCCAACUUUUCAUCACCCCCGACUCGGAGUAUGAGUUGAAGCAGCGUGCAGCGGAAGAUGAACAGUUGAAGGCGUCUGACCCUGAAAAAUACCAAUACAGCAAGACUUGCGAAUAUACGGGGUACAAGUUUGAGGCAUUGACAACGUUGCCAAAGCCCUGGGCGCAAUGUUCUCGAGGGUUGAUUGAGAAGAGAGCGAAGAAGACCGUCAAUAACUACGAACAGUAUAUCAGCGUGGUGAGGACGGGAAUAGGGAAAGUGAAGACAUUAUUGGCAGGAGAGGUGGAUUGUGCAUGGGACUACAUUCCUAGUGAAGAAAACGGAGCUUCCAAAAACGAUAUAUUAAAGCACUAUGUGGAGUUGAAGACUUCGAUGGUGGUGGAUCAGCCGCAUAAAGCAGUGAACUUUGAAAGAAAGCUUUUCAAAACCUGGGCCCAGUGCUUUUUACUAGGUAUUCCUCGCGUCGUGUACGGAUUCAGAGACCAGAAGCACUUGUUGAAGAACGUCGAGAUAUACAAUACCGAAGAAAUACCGUUGUUGCUCAAAAAUAGCGAGUACCCUCGUGGAGGCGUGCAGAAGUUUCAUUGUGUGGAUGCCAUCAAAUGGUACGGAGCAGUCUUAGAGUGGAUCACGCAGAAUGUGGAUGCCAAUGAUGAGCUGAAAGCGUACAAAAUCAUCUAUGACUCAGGGUCUAGAACAUUUUCGUUGAAUGAGUGCAUGGGUGACGAGAAUAAGCGAUUGAGAAACGGAGAGAUAUUGACUGAAGAGUUUAAAUCAUGGAGAGAGCAAUUGAGGGGAUAG